AUGGACGAUGUAAUAGAAAUUAUGGAUGAUUUGGAAAUGACUGACAAGCCCACCAAAAAUGUCUAUCAGUACAGCGCAAGAAGAAUCGUGUUUUGUAUAGAUAUGUCUGAUGAGAUGAAUGAAAUCCUAAGAGCAUCCGGAAAUGGAGGCGUGAAAGAUACAAACUUAUACUCGAGCUCACGUUUAGAGACAGUUAAAAGAUUCUUGAAACGCUAUGUCGCUACGAACAAGCUGAUCGGAAAUGACAAAGAUGAAUAUGCAAUUGUGUUAUUGACAGAUGUAGCGGUUUGGUCUGUCGAUUUCACCAUAAACGCUUCUGUAUUCAACACUGAAAUCGAUGGCCUUUCCGAAGAUCGGUUGAGAACCUAUGUUGGUUUUGAUAUGCAAUCUUUGGGAGAUACAUUAAAUGCAAAAUUGAGACUGCAGAAUGUGGAUUACUACUAUCAAGCAAUUGUCAUUUACGGUCGAUCAUCUCUACCAACAUUGCCUGAAAAUGAUGUAUUUACAAAUAUGAGAAAAAGAAACAAUUUCAUGUUGGACGUACUAUUUCUUCACGAUGGAUUCAAGGAUACUACAGCGCAGGCUAUAUAUGAUUGUUGGAGUGAACUAGACAAACCUACAAGGCCUGGGUGGUUUUACGAAUGCAGUUUAUUUACUGGAAAGGAUAAAAUUGCUGAAGCUCUUUCACAACUCAUUGGACAUCCUGCUUACCGAGCAGAACAACCAGAGCCUAACAACCAUGCAAUAUAA